AUGUCAACCCUCUUCGCUCCGCUGCUCUUCGCGCCACUGGCGCUGUUGCUCGCGCUCCUCUCCGCGUGCCUGCUGUCUCUGCGCCUGCGUGUCGUCAGGGCUCGCCGCGUGCUCGGCGUGCUCCACCCAUACGCCAACGACGGCGGCGGCGGCGAGCGCGUCUUGUGGGUCGCGCUCCGAGAGCUGCUUGCGCGGCACCAGCUGCAGGGCUGGCGUGUGGUGGUCUACACGGGCGACGCGGCCAGCGACGACGAGAUCCGCGCGGCCACGCUGUCGCGCUUCGGCGUCGACGUGCCCGAGAGCGUCGAGUUUGUCCGCCUCCGCAGCCGGAGGGUGGUCGAGCCGUCCAGCUACCCGGUGGCGACGCUGCUCGGGCAGGCGGUGGGCUCGCUGCUGCUGCUGCUGGAGGCGCUGGCGCGGGCGCCGCCGAGCGUGCUGCUCGACACGACCGGCUAUGGCUACUGCUACGCCGCCGCCAAGGCGCUCGGCGUGCGGCGGGUGGGCGCAGUCGAGCGGCGCGCCGGCGCGCACAACAACGCGGCGCGCAUCGCCAGCUCCCCCGCCCUCACCUCGCUCAAGCUCGCCUACUACCGCGCCCUCGCCGCUGCGUACGGCGCCUCUGGCGCCGCUGCGGACGUCGUCGUCGCAAACGGCGAGAGCGGCGCGCGGCCUCAGAUGCAGCGAGCGAGACUUGAGGCCUGGCCUCCUCCCCCCCCCUCCGCCAGGCUCGUGGACGGCGGGCCACCUCCGCUCGCUCUGGCGCGGUGCGGCCCGCCGGCCGCGGAGGCCUUCUGCGCGGAGGCUGGCCGGCUGUUGGCCUGA